AUGGGCAGUCCUAGCUGGGUAAUACCGGUCGCUGCGCUCAGCACCAUCUGCGGCGUUGGAUUUAUAGGCGUUUGGUUUUGGUUUCCACGACUGCUGAGAAAAGGCACACAACAAGAGCUCCAAGUUUUAGCUACGGAACGAGCCGAAAGAGAUCGGUACCUGCAACAACGAAGAGCAGAAGAGGGUAAAGUGGUUCAAGAAACGCAGGUCACAUCGGCGCCAAAAGACGUGCCCGAGGCGGCAUAA